AUGGCAGACGAGGAGAUUGACAAUCAUGUGUUGCGCAAGUACACCAUAUGCCAGCGGCUCGGCAAGGGGGCGUACGGCGUGGUGUGGCGCGCAAUAGAGAAGAAGAGCCAGCAGGUGGUGGCGCUCAAAAAGAUCUUUGAUGCCUUCCAGAACGCCACGGACGCGCAGCGCACGUUUCGUGAGAUCAUGUUCCUCCAAGACCUGGAUAAGCACGAGAACAUCAUCAGGCUGCAGAAUGUGCUGCGCGCUGAGAACGACAAGGACAUCUACCUGGUGUUUGAAUACAUGGAGACAGACCUGCACGCGGUCAUACGCGCCAACAUACUGGAGGAGGUCCACAAGCAAUACGUGAUGUACCAGCUGUUCAGGGCCCUCAAGUACAUGCACUCAGCACAGCUGCUACACAGAGACAUCAAGCCGUCCAACCUGCUGCUCAACAGCGAGUGCCAGGUCAAGCUGGCGGACUUUGGACUGGCGCGCAGCGUGGCGCAGCUCAACGGCGCGGCGGAGACGGGCGCGCGCAACCCGGUCCUCACGGACUACGUGGCCACGCGCCGCGCCUCGUGCGUGGCUCCUGCGCCGGCGUGCACGUUUUGA